AUGGCCAUCACACUGCUGCUCUUGUUCAUCUUAAACGGAGCCGAUUGCACUCACAUUGUUGGAGGCAGAGACGCUCCACCACACUCGAGACCGUACAUGGCCUCGCUGCAGGUGCAAGGGCAGCACAUUUGUGGAGGGUCCCUGGUCAAGGAAGACUUUGUCCUGACAGCAGCACACUGCAGGAUAGGCCGCCGACUCACUGUAGUGCUGGGGGUAGACUCCCUGACAGGCGAUGAGUCCACCAAGCAGGUGUUUACCGCGAUUAGAGACAUCCCGCAUCCUGCGUAUGAUGGUCAUGAAAACGACAUAAUGCUCCUGAAGCUCAACGGCAGCGCCACAUUGACCGAUGCGGUUCAGCUGAUCGCUCCUAAAAGACGGCGUGUGGGAAGACGGAGCAGCUGCAUCACCGCCGGUUGGGGGGACAUCGGUGAUAACAACACCUUGCCGAACACUCUUCAGGAGGUCAACGUCACUCUACUGUCGCUGCGUGCCUGUCGCCGACGAUGGGGGUCGGUUCCCAUCUUCAGGACCAUGGUGUGCGGAACUGGCUCUCGUGAAUUUCAGGGCUUCUGCUCGGGUGAUUCCGGUGGUCCCUUGAUCUGCGGCAACGAGACGGCAGGGGUGGUGUCGUUCUCUGGCCGCCGCUGUGGAAACCCUAGGACCCCUGAUGUCUAUACGCGUGUCUCGUCCUUCACUGACUGGAUUUCCAGUGUUUUGAACAGCAAUUCCACAAAUGAACGCCAAGAUGUGUAA